UCAGUUUGCCACACAUGGACUCUUCCAACCAAAACUGGUAGGUUUAAUCGAUAAUAAUCGAUUAAUUUUAUCAAAUGAUAAAUCGUUGCCAUACCUAUACGAUUGCAUUUGUUACUAAAAUUUAUAAACGCUGUAGAAAUGAUUUGUCGGUUGUGCCUACGCACCUUAGUUCCAGAAGGCGCUAUCUGCUUAUUCGACUAUUCUAAAAAGGAAGCCAAAUUUGUUAAAUUAAUAGCGAAAUAUUUCCUUCUAGAGAUAACGCAAGAUGACCCGAUAUCAACUCAGCUGUGUGAAGAUUGCUCGGAUCACUUGGAGGAAUUCCACAAAUUUUGGUUAUAUGUAGAUAUGAAACAAAGUUCGUUGGGUAGUGAAUUCCUAGCAGUUAAAUGUAGUGGGAUUAAGGAAGACACAACGACCGUCAUUGAUGUCAGUAGAGAGACGGUGGAUAAUCAAGAAGAAAUAUUGCUUGAUAUAAAAGAUAUACCUGCGCCAGAAGCUUACGAAUGCAGCUUUGACUCUACGCUGCCGCAGGAAAACAUUAGUGUUGCACCAGAUAUCAAAUUAGACAAUGAUUCCUGUGAUGAGUUACAACUCGAUAAUGACUGGGCCGAUGUCAACGAAUCAAUUGAUGAUGAUAUUCCUUUGUUAAGUUUAAAGGAUAAAUUACAAAAGAAAGCUCCAAAGGUAGUCAAAAGUGCUGAGAAAAGCUAUGUUCGGAUUAAGAAAAUUAGAAAAAAACGUAAGAAAAGCCAUACAUCAAGCGAAAAAUGUGGACCGAGAACGGAAAAAGCAAAACAAAACGAAGAUAUUAUUGCAAAUAGCAUGUUGUUGAGUUGUGAUCUUUGUAAAGAGAGUUUUCCAAACUACACCGAAUUGCGUUUUCAUUUUGCACAAGCACAUAACAGAGCUGCAUACGUAAAAUGCUGUGGUAGAACUUACCGUAAGCCAAAUUUAUUAGCGGAACACGUCGAAUGGCAUACCAAUCCUAGCAAAUUCAAAUGUGACAUAUGUGGUAAACAGUUGAAGUCCAGUAAGUGUUUGGCUAGUCACCUUAAAAUGAUUCAUUCCAAAAAAGAGGAAGCAAUUGAAACUAUUAGCUGUCCUAUAUGUUCGAAGGGUUUUCGAGGGCAGAAAUGUCUGGACAAUCACUUAAAACGGCACAAUGAUGUCAAAGAAUAUCCUUGCGAAAUAUGUAAUAAAAGCUUUGUAAAUGCGCAGCGUUUGCGCAAGCAUAUUGAGGCCAUACAUGAAGACCUUAAACGUCAUAUAUGUGACAUAUGUGGAAAGGCGUUCAAAUUUAAGCCCUCAUUUGAACGGCAUGUGCUGGAGCAUCAGGGCAUCAUUGAACCACCAGUGCAAUGUAAUAUUUGUGGUGAAUGGUCUAAAAAUAAGCAUGUGCACAGACUUCACCAAUUCAAGCACAACAAUACUAACACGGAUUGUAAAUAUUGCGGACGUAAAUGCGUUUCACGUACUGCAUUAAGAGGUCAUAUCAACUAUAUGCACAAGAAAAAGUAUAAUUUGCAGUGCAGCUUUUGCGACAAGACAUUCAAAGAGACGAGAAAUCUAGAUGAACAUAUGGCGAUACACACCGGCGCACAAUUGUAUUCUUGUCCACACUGUUCCAAGGAAUGCCGCUCAAGGUCGAAU